AUGAAGAAAUGCAAAACUAUUACAGAGGAUGUAAUUUUAGCUUACUUGGUGCAAAAAUCUGAAACUGUCAAAUCCUCUACCCUGUGGAGCAUGUACUCUAUGUUGAAAAGUACCAUUUUAGUGAAGAAAAAUGUAAACAUAGCCACUUUCCCAAAGGUAAUCGCAUUUCUUAAAAGGAGGAAUGUUGGUUAUAAAGCAAAUAAAUCAGAAGUCUUCAGCAGCGAGCAAAUCAACAAAUUCAUUAGAGAAGCAGAUAAUGAAACAUAUCUAAUGCUAAAGGUAGCAACAAUUAUUGGGUUAGCCGGUGCGUGUAGACGGGAAGAACUAACAAAAAUGUCAAUUGAUCUAAUAAACGACAAAGAAGAUAUGUUGCUCGUGAAAAUACCAGAUUCUAAAACACAUAUUGAGAGAAAUUUUGUUGUAAUUGGGCAAGAAAACCUGCUGUUGUAUAGGCAAUAUUUAUCUUUACGGCCAUCCCAUACUCCACAUAACAGAUUAUUCGUGAAUUACAAAAAAGGAAAAUGUUCGAUUCAGCCCGUUGGUAUCCACAGUUUUGGGAAUCUCGGAUUAAGAAUUGCAGAAUUUUUAAAUUUACCCAAUCCUAAAAAUUACACAGGCCAUAGCAUGCGUCGAACUUCAGCGACGAUAUUUGCUGAUAAUGGUGGAAACAUCACAAAUUUGAAGAGACACGGUGGCUGGAAGUCUACCAAUGUCGCUGAAGGACUUCCAGGACUCGCCUACGGCUCGUCCUAG